ACUCCACAAUACAUAUCUGCUCCCACCUGCAACCUUUUCUCAGUUGCUCUGACUCAAGUUAAUUAGGGCCACCAUCCUUGGAUUUAGCAGUGUUUUUCAUAUUUACUUGGAAAGCAGACAGGACUACAGCCUUCUAACCAGUUUUGGCCUGUGGAAAUCUGGGGAGGGUUUUCUGCAAAGGCACCCCAUCCUCUCGCACACGGAAGAGCCAUCGCUGAAGACCAUUCAAGAUAGUCACCUCCUCCUUUCACAUAACACAGUCCCUCCCCAUCUGGCGUGCCUUUCACUCUCCUUUGAGUCUCAACAAGAGCAGAGUGUGGCAAGCAAACAUGCUGCUGCUGGCAGUGCUUGUGGCCACAGCCACUUGGUCUUGUGGAUUUGCACAGGAAAUUCCCAUACAGAGUCCUAUAUCCAUCACCAAGUUCCAAAAAAGUGCACGAAUGACAUGUGAAAUUCAAACAUUAGGGGCAAAUUUUGAUGGUGUUGUCAUACACUGGUAUGUGCAGAAGGAGGGUGAAGCUCCAAAGAGGCUCCUGUUCCUUUCAGGAGGAAAAUCUACCGUUGAAGCUGACUUUCAAGCAAGGAGAUACACAGUUGAAAGAAUCUCUGCCCGGAGACGGUGUGUUCUUACAAUAAAAGAUGUAAUUCCAGAUGAUGCUGCUACUUACUACUGUGCCUACUGGGAUCCUCACUGUGAUAAGGUGUUUGGCUCUGGUACAAAACUCAUUGUGUCAGACAAAGCAAGCUCUUCACCAGCAAACUCGGAAAUCCUGCAGAAAAAGCAUGGAAAUCAGAUAAUGUACGUUUGUCUUGUUGAGAAAUUCUACCCAGAAGUUAUUCGGGUGACAUGGACUGAUGAAGAAAAGGAGGUAACAGACAACGUAGUAAAAGGUGAUGUUUGGAAGCCCGCAGGAGAGGAUGAAUACUCCAUUGCCAGCUGGUUAACUGUACCAGCAGAGAACAAAGACAAGAAAUAUUACUGCAAAUAUGAGCACGAAAGCCAAAAGGAUUCACUGCCAACACAAGUAAACUCUACGAAGAAUGCUCCUCAGGAAGGGGACUGCAGUGCAGCUCUUAACAGAGAUGUUAUGUUUACAGAUGUUACAGACGUUAUGCUUCCAGAUCACUUAAUGCACAGGGCAGCCUAUUUAGUGUACAUCAUCCUCCUUCUGAAGAGCAACAUGUACUAUCUUAUCAUACUCUUCUUCAUCUGCAGAGUGCGGGCUCCAACCAAGCACCAAGGAAAGAGGGCAUAACUACGUGUUUAAGAAAAGGUUACAAAUUAAUCGUGGAUUUACUUUGCUUACCCAUAUAGACUCCCCUGCUCUGUAUUAGAUGUAACAGCAAAAAAAAAUCCCAAAAUAAUUUUCGGGCGUUAGGGCAUAGGGCUCAUUUUGCUUUAUUGUUAGUAUUUUUAUAUCAGUCUGGUUUUCCUAAUUUUUUUUCUGAAUAUCAAAAAAGGAGAGGCAAUAGCAGUAAUGGAUUUAUUGCAAAAUGAAGAAGGUACUCAGAUUGAAAGUAGUUAUGCAUGCAGAAGAGUAGUGAUGUAAUGGUACUUUUGAUAUAUAAAGCACAGAUGGGUUUUGUCAUUGCACUUAAGGCUUAAUAAGGAACAUUUCUGUGAAGUAAAUUCACAGAUAUUUUUUUCAUUUUUACUUUCAAUGAUUUGUUGCCACUCUCAUUUAUCCAGGAAAUGAGGACUUAAUUACUCUGAAGUGAUUAGUGCUUUAAGAGACAAUUAAAUAUAAUUUUUAAAGGUGAACAUAGGAGUUUUGAAUGAAGAAGUCAGAUGAGAAUAAAAGCAAUUAUAAGGUGCGUGCAUACAGAAACGAAGAAAUCCACCAGCACUGUGACACACUGUGUUUUUAAAGAAAGAAACCAAUUGUAAUUAUCAUGUAUAUCACCUUGUUUAAAGACACCUUUUUAAAUUGAGCAAAACCUCAAAUACGAAGCUUUGGUAAAGAAAGUAUUUUCCCAAAAGAAGAAAAAUUCUCAGAUGCUGGACUUUGAACUCUUAAUCUCCAGGUUCCUUUCAAGUUUAUGCAGAAAAGCAGAAAUUAGACAUACUGGGAUAAAGCACUUGCUCGGUUUUGGGCAAAACAUUAUCAUAUGUUUGUAGGUAAAUGCUUACAGCAUUUACACUCACUGUAUCUUUAAUGACGAGGGCAAUAAAAGC